AACGGUGUCUGCACCUGCACCGACAGCAGAACCAUAAUCGUAGGAAUCACCGGUCGAGUCCGUCACGUUUUUUUCGACUCUCAUCUCGGUUAUCGGUAUUUCCUACGGUGGUUGACUUCCGUUUUACCCUGUCGUUUCGGAUAUCAUUAAGCCGGAUAACUGACUGCUGACGCGAGGGGGUUUUCGAAAGAGUGAGGGUAGGGGGAAAAGGAAGGGCUGGUCCCUCCUCACCAUCAUUUUGCUCCCUUCAUCAUUUCCAAACAUCAUCAUCAUCAUCGACGAGGCGUGUCCGCGAUUGAAAUAUACAGGAGUCCUAAAGCAUCUACGUGAAAACCAACCGAAGAAAAAAUGCACCGCAUUGACCAUACGCCGAGCCCAGACUCCGUUUGAUGCAGGCCCGUGAACGUUUUAUUAUUUAUUUAUUUUUCUGAUCUGGAAAUUUCUUGACUUUGUCGGGAGAGCGAGGGAGCAGUGCGGCCUAGCAUCCGCUGCGUACGGCUGAAUGAAUGAUGCGGACUUUAGUAGCUCCCAGAUUUACCGCCGCGUUCUAACCGAUGACCGUUUCACCGCGUCAAAACAACGUCUCUUCACUUCGAUCUGCGCGUUUUUAUGGGAUUGACGGACAGCUGCUAGGACGUAUAAAAUGUUGAAUUGGAGGCGGCUGAUGCGGUUGUCCAACCGCUCCUUAAUGGCCUUCAUCUUCUUCUUCUCCUUGUCAACGACCUGCCUCUACUUCAUCUAUGUGGCCCCCGGAAUAGUCAACACCUAUUUCUUCAUGGUACAGGCUCAGGGUAUCAUGUUACGAGACAAUGUUCGAACCAUUGGUCACAUGAUCAGGCUAUACACCAAUAAGAACAGUACCCUCAAUGGUACAGAUUAUCCAGAUGGAAAUAACUCUAGUGAAUAUUUUGCUCAACCAACCACAUACCUCCCUGAGAACUUUACCUAUGCUCAGAAUCUGCCCUGCCCAGAACGCUUACCUUCUAUGAAGGGUCAUAUGGAAGUUAACAUGACGGAGCUACCUGUGGAGGAGGUCGAACUGAGGCUCAGACAUCUGGACAUUCAGUUCGGAGGCCAUUGGAAGCCCAAAGAUUGCAAACCACGCUGGAAGGUGGCCAUACUAAUCCCGUUCAGAAAUCGCCACGAGCAUCUUCCCAUUCUUUUUCAGCAUCUCGCUCCCAUGCUCCAACGCCAACGCUUGCAGUUCGCUUUCUACGUCAUCGAACAGAUGGGUACUCAGCCGUUUAACCGUGCCAUGCUGUUCAACGUGGGCUUUAAAGAGGCUAUGAAAGACCUGGACUGGGACUGUGUGGUGUUUCACGACGUCGAUCACAUCCCGGAAAACGACCGUAAUUAUUACGGCUGUGGUCAGAUGCCUCGACACUUUGCUGCGAAGCUGGAUAAGUACAUGUACAUUCUUCCCUACAAUGAGUUCUUCGGUGGAGUGAGUGGACUUACUGUCGAGCAAUUCCGCAAAAUCAAUGGCUUUCCCAAUGCAUUCUGGGGCUGGGGCGGAGAGGACGAUGACCUCUGGAACAGGGUUCGUUAUGCAGGUUUUAAUGUGACCAGGCCAGAGGGAGAUCUUGGCAAAUACAAAUCUAUCCCUCAUCACCACAGAGGAGAAGUUCAGUUUCUGGGAAGGUACAAGUUGCUGAGGUACUCCAAAGAAAGACAGCAUCUGGACGGCUUGAACAAUCUGCACUACACGCCAGAGAUCUCUCGAAGUAGCUUGUAUAAGAACAUUACGGUGAAUCUGAUUCCUGAACUCGCACCCAUAUCAGAUUACUGACAGGUUCCGCCCACCCCAUUGUGACCUCCAAUUGGGUUGGACUUAAAAUGUGAUGUAUCAAUGCCAAAUGCCCUUAAUAAUAGAAGAGGAAAGGGCAAAGGCCUGUUUAAUGCACAGUUAAUAGAGUGAUAUGUGUGUGUGUAUGCUUGUGUGAGGAUGCUGGAUCAUAUCUGUAAACGUGUGUGUGUGUGUGUGUGUGGGGUGAUCGUUUAUCUGCAUGUUCCUGUGUCCAUGCUGGCUUUAGAGAAUUCGAUCACAAUACAUUUCAAAAAAAUCAAACUAAAGAAGAGAGGAGUGCCAGCAUCAACAAAUCAGAUGUUUACUGCAAAGCCUUAAUUGAAUUUUAUAGGCUAUCAAACUCUGUAAAUUCAGUCCUUCGUGCUAACAUUGUAGAAAGCUUGGUCUUACAUUACAACAGCACUGUUGACGCCAAUAGAAAUACUGUCACGUUAUGUUAUGUGUACGAUUUUUAUACACGUCUUUUUUUAAAAAGAAAAAAUGAUCUCGAGGUAGUCGAAGCAAAUGGAUGGAUGAUGUUUUAAAUCAGUCCUUCAUUCAUUUCAGUUAGCGCACCAAUAGAAACCAUUCUCCCAAACCCAUUGCUAUACAGAAGGCUGUGAAACAUGCAUGCACAUCCCAGAGUCCCCUGUAAAUACCUGGCCUUUCAAGCAAUGCUUUAGCUAUGUCACUUAAAGACGCCUGUGAUUCCAGUGGAAACACUUAUUUUUGGCAGCUAUAUGUUGUUUUGAAUUCUAUUAAUUUUAUUAUAUAUAUUUUUUUUAUUCUUGAAGGGUGUGUGACAAAAAAUAUCAGACUGUAGAAUGCAGAAGUAAUGGAUAACAACAUACGGAUGAUAUUACCUGCUGCAUGCCUUAAUUUAUUUUUUGUAACAUGAUUAUUUUGUGUCUUAAUUUCGUCGAAUGUUUAUUUUUUCGUUGAUGGCAUAAUCAUUCUCCCGUCUUACAUGUGAGGUGUACUGAAGCGAGAAACGCUAGAGAGGGAGUUCAUCUCCGAGGUCGUUCGGGUUCCGGUCGGGUUCACAGCUGCUAAAGCCAAAACGCCCAGGACAGGGUUUGGCGCGUGUCUCAACCUGUGUGUUUAUGUGUGUUUGUGUCCGUGUAUGUGUGUAGCUUCUUAACACGAACUACUGGCUGAUGUUGCGCUUUGGUCGGACCGCGAGAAGGGCCAAAAUGAGAGAGCGGUGUCGGCGUCGCUCUUGAAUGGCUUUUCGAAGUACACUUGGGCCAUGACGACUUUAUGCUGUUAAAGUUUCGAGCAUUACAAGCUGUUGGUCGACGGUCUUUUUUUUGUAUGCUUGCCUUUUUGUAUGAUUUUAAGUUGUUGAGUUGUUAACGUAGGUUGUUUUAAUUUGUAUAUUUUUUUAAUUAAGUUAUCAAAUGUCCUAUAAACUGCUGUUUUAUAUCCACUCGUAUCGUGCGUGCAUAUUUCAAUCAACUCCAAAUUUACACAACGGUUCCCCUGCGGUGAGAUUAUGUCAGCAGCAUGAUUACUUCACAACUGACAUUGAAGUACACUCGGCAUCCUAGAUAGCAGCCCGUGUUGUCUUGUUCUGUCCACCCGUGGCUUUUGAAGUCACAUGCUUUCUCUCUUCUGAUUGGAUGUUCUCCUAGUUGCCAUUUCUUCAGUUGUGGUUACAGAAAUCCAGGAACUGAAAAACUACACAGCUGACGGUAAUAGAUGAAAGAGACUUAGGUGGUUACUAGUGCCAAAGUCUGCUUUUUUCUUUUUGUACAGUACAAUGUAGCUCUUUAGGACAUCAGACCGCGUAGUUAAAACUGCCUGUUCAAGCAUUAAUAAUGAAUGGAUGCAAACUGCUUAAAGCCGGUUUGUUGUAUAUGUUGAGACUCUAUGUAUAACAUCAUAUCAUAUAUUCAUAAGCAGUCUGUAUGUGAGAAUAGCUGUGGGCUGUACAAUGACACGGAUGAUGGCUUGAAAACCCCCGGCUUGCUUUUCCUCUACGCAGAGCGUACAGUUUUUACAUAAAGCGAAGCAGUGACAUUGGCACACUGAUAAGAUGUUGACAUCAUUUCCACAUGAAACAGUAAAUUGAGGAAUCUAGAACUUGAUAAGAGGAAAUCCGGUGUGUACACAUGUACAAGUGUCCAGUUUUGCUGAAAUAAUAAUAUCAUUCCACCAGCACAGUGCACUCUUUUUUAUUUUUAUUUUAUUUUACAGGCACAAGACAGCACUAAAGUAGCUUUCAUAUGCUGCCUGUUGUGGAUUGUGUUAAUCGACAGCUUUUUCAAGUUUUUAUUCUUUUACGUAGUUCAGAGCUGACAUUGUUCUUAAGUUAUUCUUUAAAUGAGGUGGGUUGCAAUAUAUGAAGUUUGAAUGUCAUUUAUUCAGGUGGUUUCACAUUCCCCUGAUUCGAAGAAUCGGCUAAUGCCGACCGGGUUACCGCAUAACGUGUCGGUUUGUUUUCUGGUGGUUAGUCAGUCGUAGCUCUCAAAGAAGCUUUGUUUAGUGCUGUUGUCUGUAUGCAGGUUUAGAUUUCACCCCGAUCCCACCCUCACAUAGCUGCCCCUUAUCAUCUUCACCUGUCUUUUGAAUAUAUCCAGAAAUAAUAGAUAGAGAAUUUAAAAGAUGAUUUAUUCACCUUUACAAGUCUGUAAUGUAGAGUGUUACAUUAUUGCAGUAUUCAUAUUUGUGCCUUGAGUUUUUUUUUUUCACUUCCAUGUUGAGAUGUGCAGUGGGGUGCGUGUGGAUGGUGUUUGAAAAUACAAUUGGGUGCACAUUUUCCCUUUUAAGUUUAUUUGUAUGUUUUUAUUUGAAUCUGGAACAAUCUACAAAACUGAAUAAACUGCUAGUCAUUAAAUUGAACAUUUGUGGGUCCACUUUAACACCGGUUUAAGAAACAGAAUGUCUGGUGAUGACAGCUGCUUUGCCUGACAUUUCCUGGUUCCAGAUUUUAUUUUUUUUCUUGUUGUACCGGUCUGUUCACUGCGUUACGCUCUGUAAUGAUAAUUAAAAAAACUUUAUAGUUGAAAACUU